AAUUAAAGUCAUAUUUAACCUAGAAAUAAAAAAUGGGGAUGUGUCAAACGGGGCGUGGGCUGCUGCAAUGCCUCAAGAAAGCACCAAAAAACCCAAUCACCACAUUCCCCUCAUGCCUGGGCUGGCAGCCCAGCAGCUCAAGUAGAAGAGUCCUCCAGGAGCUCAGGGGAGCAGCAGCCUUCGUGCUGAUGCACAGCCUGUGGAGAAAGGGGUUUCCCAGGAGCAAGAGUCAUCCAGCUGGUCUCUGGAGCAGCUGAGCCAGGAAUCCUCUGACCAAGGGCAUGAAGUUGCCCAGGUGUGGCAAGAGGAGGAGCUGCUGGGCCAGAAGGCUGACCUUGAGGGCCGACUGGCAGCCACUGAGCGGCUCCGACAAGACCUUGCCAGGCAACUGGCAGAGACCAGUUCAGCAAAGGAGAGCCUGCAAUCCAGGCUGUUUGCUGCUCAGCAGCAGGUGGCUCACCUAGAGAUGACCAGAAAGCGUGUGGAGGCAGAGCUCCAAGCAGAGCUGCAGGGAGCUCGCAGAGAAGUCCAGGCAGUGCAGAGGAGGCACAAGGAAGAUCUACAAGGCCUCAAAGAGGAAAUGAAUCUCCUCCUCGAGCAGAGGGAGGCUCUACAAAAGCAGGUGGGAGAGUUGACAUCUCAGCUGGCAGCCUCCCGACAGUGCCAGGAAAACACUGUGCAGAGAGCCCAGCAAGAUGGGAGGGAGGCCCAGGAAGAGUCCAGGAAGAAGCUUUUGGAGAUUGAAGGCAUCCAGAAGCUGCUGGAGGAGGAAAAAAAACGAAAAAAGGAGCUGCAAGUUCACCUGCAGAAUUUGGACAGGGAGUGGAGUCAUUGGGAAGAAGUGGCUCAGCAAAAUUCAGAAUUGCAGGCUUCAGUGAAUGCCCUAGAGAGGGAAAAAAACAGGCUGCUUCUGUCCCUGGAGGAGAAGAACCAGUGCCUCAGAACACUGGCAGAACAGAACCUGGCACUGAAAAAUCGAGUGUCUCGGUUAUUUUCUGCUCUUAAGCAGGCAGAGCAGCUCUGUACUCAGCAGAGAAGAGAAGUUCAGGAGGUCAAUGACCAGGUGCAGGCCUCACUGCUGGCCGAGAUAGAGAAGAGAGAUCACCAGGCAAGUCAUGAGAAGCAGCUGCUGGAAACUGAGGUGUCUGAGCUGCGUAGGAGGCUCCAGUGCUCUGAGAAAAGAGCAGAGGCCAUGGCCACACAGUGUAAGGCCGUGGUGCUGGAGCUGAGGAAGACACAGGCUCAGAGGGACAAUCUCAGAGCCCACAAUCAGGAUCUGCAGAAACAGAUGGAGGAAGAUAUGCAAGAGUGGUUUAAAGCAGAAGCCAGGCACAUCUCUCGCCAAAUUGUCCUGGAGAAAGAGGCCACUGAAAGGCAGGAAGAGGCUGUGACUCUUCGUCAGGAGGUGGAAUCUCUGAAGAGGAAAUUGGAGGACCUGGAGAAGGAAAGGAAGGAUGUGCUGCAUGGACGGGCGUUGUACCAGCAGCAGAUGAGAGAUCUGGAAAAGAAGAAUGAAAUUCAUGGACUCAACAUUCAAAGUCAGCAGGAAAGAACGCAACAAUUGGGCAGUGAAAAGGAAACCAUGCAGGAAGAGUUGAAGCAUGGGGCUGCUGCUUUGAAGAAAGGAAGAGGGAACACUCUAAGUGCUGCACUGACCAAGUUUAAAAUUGCCAAAGGGGCUCUGCAGAAACGCUUGGCCUUCCUGAAGGGAAAGAGUCGUAUCCAGCCAGGCUUUGACACUGACUUGCAUUCUCCUGCAGCGUCCCUGAAUUAUUCCAGAGAUGUUUCCCAUGGAGAGGUUUCCCAGGAGCAAGAGUCAUCCAGCUGGUCUCUGGAGCAGCUGAGCCAGGAAUCCUCUGACCAAGGGCAUGAAGUUGCCCAGGUGUGGCAAGAGGAGGAGCUGCUGGGCCAGAAGGCUGACCUUGAGGGCCGACUGGCAGCCACUGAGCGGCUCCGACAAGACCUUGCCAGGCAACUGGCAGAGACCAGUUCAGCAAAGGAGAGCCUGCAAUCCAGGCUGUUUGCUGCUCAGCAGCAGGUGGCUCACCUAGAGAUGACCAGAAAGCGUGUGGAGGCAGAGCUCCAAGCAGAGCUGCAGGGAGCUCGCAGAGAAGUCCAGGCAGUGCAGAGGAGGCACAAGGAAGAUCUACAAGGCCUCAAAGAGGAAAUGAAUCUCCUCCUCGAGCAGAGGGAGGCUCUACAAAAGCAGGUGGGAGAGUUGACAUCUCAGCUGGCAGCCUCCCGACAGUGCCAGGAAAACACUGUGCAGAGAGCCCAGCAAGAUGGGAGGGAGGCCCAGGAAGAGUCCAGGAAGAAGCUUUUGGAGAUUGAGCACAUUCAGAAGUUGCUGGAGGAGGAAAAAAAACGGAAAAAGGAGUUGCAAGUGCAUCUGCAGAACUUGGACAAGGAGUGGAGUCAUUGGGAAGAGGUGGCUCAGCAAAAUUCAGAAUUGCAGGCUUCUGUCAAUGCCCUGGAGCUGGAAAAAGCCAGGCUGCUUCUGUCUCUGGAGGAGAAGAACCAGUGCCUCAGAACACUGGCAGAACAGAACCUGGCACUGAAAAAUCGAGUGUCUCGGUUAUUUUCUGCUCUUAAGCAGGCAGAGCUGCUCCGUUCUCAGCAGAGAAGAGAACUGCAGGAGCGCAACGACCAGGUGCAGGCCUCACUGCUGGCCGAGAUAGAGAAGAGAGAUCACCAGGCAAGUCAUGAGAAGCAGCUGCUGGAAACUGAGGUGUCUGAGCUGCGUAGGAGGCUCCAGUGCUCUGAGAAAAGAGCAGAGGCCAUGGCCACACAGUGUAAGGCCGUGGUGCUGGAGCUGAGGAAGACACAGGCUCAGAGGGACAAUCUCAGAGCCCACAAUCAGGAUCUGCAGAAACAGAUGGAGGAAGAUAUGCAAGAGUGGUUUAAAGCAGAAGCCAGGCACAUCUCUCGCCAAAUUGUCCUGGAGAAAGAGGCCACUGAAAGGCAGGAAGAGGCUGUGACUCUUCGUCAGGAGGUGGAAUCUCUGAAGAGGAAAUUGGAGGACCUGGAGAAGGAAAGGAAGGAUGUGCUGCAUGGACGGGCGUUGUACCAGCAGCAGAUGAGAGAUCUGGAAAAGAAGAAUGAAAUUCAUGGACUCAACAUUCAAAGUCAGCAGGAAAGAACGCAACAAUUGGGCAGUGAAAAGGAAACCAUGCAGGAAGAGUUGAAGCAUGGGGCUGCUGCUUUGAAGAAAGGAAGAGGGAACACUCUAAGUGCUGCACUGACCAAGUUUAAAAUUGCCAAAGGGGCUCUGCAGAAACGCUUGGCCUUCCUGAAGGGAAAGAGUCGUAUCCAGCCAGGCUUUGACACUGACUUGCAUUCUCCUGCAGCGUCCCUGAAUUAUUCCAGAGAUGUUUCCCAUGGAGAGGUUUCCCAGGAGCAAGAGUCAUCCAGCUGGUCUCUGGAGCAGCUGAGCCAGGAAUCCUCUGACCAAGGGCAUGAAGUUGCCCAGGUGUGGCAAGAGGAGGAGCUGCUGGGCCAGAAGGCUGACCUUGAGGGCCGACUGGCAGCCACUGAGCGGCUCCGACAAGACCUUGCCAGGCAACUGGCAGAGACCAGUUCAGCAAAGGAGAGCCUGCAAUCCAGGCUGUUUGCUGCUCAGCAGCAGGUGGCUCACCUAGAGAUGACCAGAAAGCGUGUGGAGGCAGAGCUCCAAGCAGAGCUGCAGGGAGCUCGCAGAGAAGUCCAGGCAGUGCAGAGGAGGCACAAGGAAGAUCUACAAGGCCUCAAAGAGGAAAUGAAUCUCCUCCUCGAGCAGAGGGAGGCUCUACAAAAGCAGGUGGGAGAGUUGACAUCUCAGCUGGCAGCCUCCCGACAGUGCCAGGAAAACACUGUGCAGAGAGCCCAGCAAGAUGGGAGGGAGGCCCAGGAAGAGUCCAGGAAGAAGCUUUUGGAGAUUGAGCACAUUCAGAAGUUGCUGGAGGAGGAAAAAAAACGGAAAAAGGAGUUGCAAGUGCAUCUGCAGAACUUGGACAAGGAGUGGAGUCAUUGGGAAGAGGUGGCUCAGCAAAAUUCAGAAUUGCAGGCUUCUGUCAAUGCCCUGGAGCUGGAAAAAGCCAGGCUGCUUCUGUCUCUGGAGGAGAAGAACCAGUGCCUCAGAACACUGGCAGAACAGAACCUGGCACUGAAAAAUCGAGUGUCUCGGUUAUUUUCUGCUCUUAAGCAGGCAGAGCAGCUCCGUUCUCAGCAGAGAAGAGAACUGCAGGAGCGCAACGACCAGGUAAGCUUUGCAGUGGCAUCCUCUUCUCCAGGUACACACAACAGCACCUUUGGCUUGGAGGCUCCAACCUCUUUCCCCCCUCCCAGCAGCAUCCACAGCUACCCUGUUCUGCUCGGGGCUGCUGCUGCAUCCUGAGGCUGAGGCUGGAUUUGGUGUCUGCUGCAGAAGUUUUCCCCCAUCCUCUCCAGGGUCCCAGCAGGAAGUCUGGGAAGAGAAGCAGCAGCAGACUCCUCUGGGGCUUCUCUGUCCCUCUGUUAGCAGUGUUGUCCCAGACAGAGUGUGUGCCUGUGCCAGGCACUGAGCAAUGUGGGGACACAGAGGUGGCUGUGGCAGGCUGGGCAGGGCACUUCCAGCGCAGCCAGUUGAGCCGCUGUUCAGAGCUGCAGCCCAAGGAUGCCCAUUGCCUCCCUUACUUGUUUUCCCUCCAUUUGUCUCCAUUGGAAUCCUUGCUUCUGUGCCUUCUGGGUUUGGCGUGCUUUUUGCCUGAAAUAAUUUCUUCUUUGUUGCUCUCCCUGCGGCCCACUCUGCUGCCUCAGGAGCAGCCCUGUCCCUGAGGCUGUGUGCAUCCAUCUUCCAGGUGCAGGCCUCGCUGCUGGCCGAGAUAGAGAAGAGAGAUCACCAGGCAAGUCAUGAGAAGCAGCUGCUGGAAACUGAGGUGUCUGAGCUGCGUAGGAGGCUCCAGUGCUCUGAGAAAAGAGCAGAGGCCAUGGCCACACAGUGUAAGGCCGUGGUGCUGGAGCUGAGGAAGACACAGGCUCAGAGGGACAAUCUCAGAGCCCACAAUCAGGAUCUGCAGAAACAGAUGGAGGAAGAUAUGCAAGGUACAGCUUCUCCUCUCCCACCCACUGCCCCAUCCUGUCUCACCAGCGGGAAUAUCCGAUCCCAUGCAGAGGAAAAGGGCACUGCCCUGAAAUGGAAGAGAGGGAAAAAACGAGCAGCAGGAGAUUUAUCCUUCCGAGUGCCAGUGAAAGCUUUCUCCUGAGAAAGAGGAUGUGGCUGGCAGUGCCAUCUGGCCGAGCUAGGGCAGAUCCCGUGCACAGCUGGUGCCUCUCAGGUGCUGUGUCUGUGCUAAGGAGCUGUAGCUGGAUGCCUCAGCUCCAUUGCCUCAAACUCCAGGCCCUGCUAGAGCCUGCAGGCUAUUGGCCCCACUGGAGCAGGCCUGCACAGGCAUCCCCUUCCCUUCAUCUCUCUUGCCUUGCUCACUCUGCACAAGGCCAAGAGCAAACACACUUUCCUAUCCCUCUGAACCUUGCCCCUUUCAUUCCUGCCUUUUUCUGGGCUGAGAAGUUUCCUUCAUUUCUGUCAGCUUUGGAACCUUUGUGGGCUUGGGGCCUGACAAACACAGGCAAGCAGAGAAGACAGUGCUGUUGUCUCUACAGGAUGCACAUCUGUUUGGCUUUGUUUUGCUUUUCCCCUUCCACUUUCCCCUCUCCUUUCCCCUUCUCUGCUGCAGAGUGGUUUAAAGCAGAAGCCAGGCACAUCUCUCGCCAAAUUGUCCUGGAGAAAGAGGCCACUGAAAGGCAGGAAGAGGCUGUGACUCUUCGUCAGGAGGUGGAAUCUCUGAAGAGGAAAUUGGA